UGCAUUAUUACACUCCAGAGGACUGACUGUACUGCCGCAGCUCUCCUCCUGCUCUCCCCUCUCCCCACCUGUGUUGGUUCAGCUGCUGCCUGUGCAGUUUUGCAGUCAAACACCGAGCAUCAAGUGAUUUCAGCACAGUCUUCAGUUGGAAAAAAUGAGAGAUCCGCAACCUGCAAAUAAUUCUGCUCUGCAGAAGGAUGGAUUUGAUCCUAAGGCAAAAGGUUUUCACCUUUAUGAUGCACUUCAAGUUCCCAAACAACUCAUCAGCAAAACCUUGUGCAACAAUGCUCCUGCUGAAUCCAUGGGUCUGAAGGACUGGCUGUGUGCCCUGUGUUGCGUCAGGCUGGGGUGCAUUGACCACCCAAAAAACGAGAAGCAGCCUUUAGUCACUAAUAACAACAAUAAUAUCCAGACCUACUCCACGAGUAUAGUCCACGAUGAUGAGAGAAACCUGUGGAGCUCGCCCCAUGACCUGUCUCACACGGAGGCUGUGGAUGAUCGCAUGCUGCACUCUUGGAUUCAGACUAGGUCCCAACUGGAGAAAGACUCUGAAGAAUGGCAGAAACUCAACUAUGAAAUUUACACCUUGAGACAAGCAAGACGAGAAGUGAGAACAAGAUGGAGGAAGAUACUGGAGGACUUGGGUAUGCUCUAUGAAAAGUUGAAACUUAGCUUAAGUCCUAAGAGUUCUUUAAAUGGUCCAAAGAACAUGAAAAAGGCCAUGGACAUGCUUUUGCGACUUGUGGAUGAGACGACCAUCUUUCCAGCUGGAUGGGACUUGCCAGAGAGAUACCUCUAUAUUAUGGACCGGCUGAUAUGUCUUGAUGCAGUCGAAGACUUCCUUAACAUUGCCUACAAGAAAUAUCCCAAAACACACAUGGAAACCGGUUCAAUAAUAAACAAGUGAAGGUCUUUGCCUCCCAGCCAAGCUCAGAGCAUGAGAGACAUCUGUAUCACCAGGCCUUGUUUUCAUUGUCUAAGCUGUGAGUGAUGAUACAUGUCAAUGUUAACUUCUUGGUCUGAUUCUCAGAAUGAAUGUCUCUCAGUACCAAAUGAUGUGGAGUGAAUGGCCAAAUGCCAGAAAAGACCUCAGCACUGAAUCUCAUAUUUGUAUCAAAGAUGAGCUUUCAAUUCCUCCACAGCAAAUGUUCAUUUUCUUCUUGCUCAUGAACUGUUUGACAGACUUUCGUACAACCUAUCAAAGCUUCCUCAGACUUGAUGUUUCAAUCUUUAGAACCAUGUGUUUUCUGGAAGUAUGUAGAUGUGGGAUCUGGUA